UAAUUCUACUCUCUCCCUCCAUAGACUAACUAACUAACUGAUCCAUAGACUCAUUAAAAACUUUCAUUCCAUUUUCCCUCUUUGGUUUUUGCAAAUUAUGAAUUGUACAAUAAAAAUAGCGAUGGCCACGCAACGUAGGUACUUUAGACCACAAUUCUUUAUCUAACCUCAAGCGACUGCGUAAUUCAAACAUAAAGUAAUGCUUUGCAUCGACAAACUGACUGGGCGGGAACGAUGCAUAAUCAUUUUUUAACAGGCCAAUAGAACUGAUGGCUAAAUACGAAGAAGAAGAAGAAGAUUAAUUUUAACGUCCACGAGACUAACAAAAGCCUAUGUAUAUCAGUAAUUUGUUGUGUAUUUAAGGGACACGCAUUCACUGCCAAGGCUGCCGAGAAGAGAUAUUGAAAAGAGAUGGAUACAGGGUCACCCACACAGAGUACAGAUGGAGGAGGAGGAGAGGGACCAGAACUGGUGUGUCUGCUGGAGAGUGUUCAGGGGCUGGUGGAUGCUCUCUCGUCUGUCAGAUGGAAGAGGCAACAGGAUGCACUUGUUGAAUUGUCAGAGCAUGGAAUUGUAAUAAUUGUAGAAGAACGGGGUUGCCUUCAAGCAAAGGUUUAUUUCAGGAAAGAGCUCUUUCGCACAUAUAGUUACAAUGCUGAAGUACGACCACGGUUUGGAGUGGGCUUGGGCCUUUUGGUUGAUUGCUUGAAUACCUUUACAUUGUCUGGUGGGACCACAGCACUUGAACUUCGUUAUCCUGGUCCUGACAUGCAAUUACUUUUCAGGUCAAGUGAUUUGCACAAUGCCUCUAUAUAUGCUGAAAUCAGGACAAGGAUUCCAGAUACCAUUCCUUGGGAUUACAAUGCAGAGAAUAUGGCUGGUGUGCCAGUAAGCUUUGCAGUUAAGUCUGCUGUAUUGAAAGAAGCGAUUGAUGACCUUGAAUGGCCUGGCUCAAGCAUUCAACUGUCUAUAAAUCCAGAUCCUCCUGUAGUUACUUUUAAAGGUGAAGGUCAUGGUGAUUUGCAGAUUGAUUUCUUUUAUAAUUCUCAACUUGAUCUUUUCAUUGCAUUUCAGUGUGAUCGCUAUGUCUCAUACAGGUACAAAUAUAAGUUUCUUCGCGCAACUACUGCAAAUAUUCCAACUGGCGUUUUAAAGGAUAACAGGGGAAGCAAGCUAACAAUUGGGACGAGUGGGCUCUUGAAGAUUCAACAUUUAGUAUCUGUGCGUCCAGCACCUGGUCAUUUGCAGCCUGGAGAUUCUUGUGGCAAUCAGCAGCAGCAGAAUCGUAUUUCAUACAUUGAAUUUUUUGUGAAACCUGAAGAAGAUGAUGAAGAAACAAAUGAUUCUUAAACUGAUAAACAAAUUGUAUAUUAAUAAACUAGAAAAUUUUCUAGCAGGUUGCAGCAAGCAAUUUAUUGUAUGCUUAAAGAUAUAGCAGCAUGCUUUUUCUAUAA